CAUAGCGGAGCGUCUUUUCAAUGGAUUUCAAUACAGUGGAAGUACCCUGGGAAUUAAACUGCUGUUAAGUCGCUUUUAGGUCGCAAUUUUCGCUCCAAUAAGGGUUUAUGUUUCACAUGGAGAGGAAGACAAUGAUCCUCCCGGUAUUGUAUGUCCUUCUGCCUCUUUUAGAUGUGUUGUCUUAUGCCGAGGAGAACCUGCGCGCUGGGGCCACCCGGCUGGACUGUGUGAGGGCCAGCGAGCAGUGCCUGAAGGAGCAGGCGUGCAGCACCAAGUACCGCACGAUGAGGCAGUGCGUGGCCGGCGGCAAGGAGAGCAACUUCAGCAUGGUGGCCGGCCUGGAGGCCAAGGACGAGUGCCGGAGCGCCAUGGACGCGCUCAAACAGAGCCCGCUGUACAACUGCCGGUGUAAACGAGGCAUGAAGAAAGAGAAGAACUGCCUGCGCAUUUACUGGGGGAUCUAUCAGACAUUACAAGGUAAUGAUUUCUUGGAGGAUUCUCCGUAUGAACCAGUGAACAGCCGCCUCUCUGACAUCUUCCGCCUUGCUCCGAUCAUAGGCGAGCCUGCAGUGGCCAGAGAGAAUAACUGUCUGAACGCUGCCAAGGCGUGCAACCUGAAUGACACGUGCAAGAAGUACCGCUCUGCCUACAUCAGCCCGUGCACCAGCCGCGUCUCCACCGCUGAAGUCUGCAACAAGAGGAAGUGCCACAAGGCCCUGCGGCAGUUCUUUGACAAGGUUCCUCCGAAGCACAGUUACGGCAUGCUGUACUGCUCAUGUCCGCUCAGCGACCAGACGGCGUGUUCUGAACGCAGGCGUCAGACCAUCGUCCCGGUGUGCUCGUACGACGAAAAACAGAAACCCAACUGUCUUGAACUGCAGGCUUCCUGCAAGACCAACUACAUCUGCAGGUCACGACUGGCUGACUUCUUUGUCAACUGCCAGCCGGAGCCUCGCUCACUGUCAGGCUGUCUGAAGGAGAACUACGCAGACUGUCUCCUCUCAUACUCGGGUCUGAUUGGCACCGUGAUGACACCCAACUACCUGCGCUCACCCAAAAUCAGCGUGUCUCCCUACUGCGACUGCAGCAACAGUGGCAACAACAAGGACGAGUGCGACAAGUUCACCGAGUUUUUCACAGAGAACACCUGCCUCCGUAAUGCCAUCCAGGCCUUUGGGAAUGGGACAGAUGUGGGAGUGUGGCAGCCGAUGUCCCCCGUCCAGACCACCACCUCCACCACCACCCCCUACCAGAGGAACCGCGAACGCAACCCCAACACCAUCGACAACAGCAUCAACACAGACCCUGGCAUUUACCACUUCUGUGGCAGCUUACAGGCUCAGAAGUUGAAGUCAAACUCGACUGUUGAUGGCGUCUUCUGUGUGGACCCUCAGAUAGACGGUCCAAGUACGUCCAACGCCAUCCUGAGAAACUCGGCUGUCUCCAGACGGCCCGCGGGCCUGGCCUCUCUGCUGCCCCCGCUGCUCUGGCUGUGCUCCUGCAGCGUGGCGGCGCUCUCCUCGCCGGGCGUCUUGUAGCCUCGCCGCUUCGCAGCAACA